AUGGACCUCGAGCGACGACAUUGUUCGCGGCGGUCAGUCCCAGUGCAUUCAGUCCUGUCUGGAGAGCAGUGGCACGGGCGUCUGCUUCGGUGGCACCCUCGACAUCGAAUCUCUCGGCGGCGCUGGGUUCGCCUCCCAGCGUGA